AUGCUCCUGAAGAUUUCAGCAUUAGUGGUUCAGAGGGCUACCCUUACUUUGUUGGGAAAAAAUUGUGUAGCCGCCGGAAAACAUGUCUGAUUGUACUCCAACUCUUCCUCAGGAUGUCAUUACCGAUGUACUAAAACGCCUCCCUGCUAAAUCAAUCGGACGAUUCAGGUGUGUUUCAAAGCCAUGGCGAUCUUUACUCUCGAACCCUCGUUUCAUUAAAGAACAUCUCAACUUUCACAUCCGUAGUGACCCCGAUAAGUUUAUCGUUGUUGAUCGAUCUGAUCGAGCUCCUAGGGUCCUAACUCCCAAUAUGGAGAACAACAGUACAGAAAGAAGAUACGACUGGGUUUGCACAAAGGUCAUUAGUCCACUUCUAUGCCUAAACAAGCAGAGCAAGCGGGUUUUCGUUGUAGGCUCUUGCCACGGUUUGGUUUUACUAGCGAAUGACAAACGUACUAUGAUUCUUAUGAAUCCAACCACUUUAGAAGCAGUUGAAAUUCCGAAAUUUGGUUUAUCCUUGGAUCCUUUUGUGGGUGAUGAAAUGCUAUGUGGGUUAGGUUAUGAUGAGACUAACAAUGAUUACAAAAUUGUCACAUUUCCGCACUAUGAUAGAGAUGAGCAAGAUUAUGCUGAAACUUUCGCGGAUGUUUAUAGUGUAAGAACAAAAACUUGGAAAAGAUUGGCGAAAUCUCGAUACUCUCUUCCUUAUAUUACUGCCGGAGUGUUGGCAAAUGGCUGCUUGCAUUGGAUAGCUAAGGAUACUAAAACUGCAGGGCAUCCUUUGGUUAUAGCGGCUUUCGACUUGGCUCGUGAAGAAUUUAAGGAAGUACCACCUCCUAGAGAUAUAAAUAUAAGUUCUGCGAGGCUUACUGUUCUUGGAGGGUGUUUUGCUUGCUUUGACAAUGCAUUAGGCUUUAAUGGUAGUAGUGUCAUGAAUUUUUGGGUGAUGUACGAUUAUGGAGAACAAGAGUCUUGGAUUCAAUUUAAUAUCAGCGACUGUAAGUGCAUAUGUUACUUGUAUCGAAUUGUUGGUCUCUUGAGAGAUGACGAGCUUGUUAUGGUCGAUAAUCGCAAGAGAUUGGUGAUGUAUUCUCUGUCGAGUAGAGUUCUUAGGGAUAUGAACAUUGUUGGUGCUCCAUAUAGGUUUGGUUAUCAAGUAAUGACGUUUAAAGAGAGUCUUUUGUCUCCUAAUUACAUAUCAGGCUGAUAAAAUAGAAUCAGAAUCAUAUCAUGGUUACCUAAAGAUGUUUUCUGUCUUUCUUUUGGUUACCUAAACAUGUAUGAAGAAAGAUUUUUAUCAAAAUGCAAAAGAGGUUCUUUCAUUCUGUAAUUUUCCCACACCUGUAUGACCUUAUUCCAAAGGCAACACAGUAAAAAUGGAAACCUUCAAAUCCCUCAACAAGUCAUCAAGCUGUUACAAGUGAUUGCAUACAAGUAUACCGAAAAACUUUCUCAGUUUUGUUGGACCUGUCUAAUCAAUGUGCCUUCUUUUGUGAUGUAUCAUUUAAAGGGAAACAAAUAGUUUAUAAAUCUUUUUAGGAGAAAAUAUGGGAAAAUUGAAGCCUGCAGAGCAACAAUGUACAAACAUAAACACCUAGAACUUUAAAGCAAUUCAUCGUACUGUAAUUAUUCUGAUACCCUCCGUCCUGAACACUCAACAGUGUGAGGGGAAGUUUCUCUCGGCAAGCAGCAAGGAAAUUCGCAACGCGCACCCUUAAAUAGCUUCCGCCUCUUUCCAGUUGGAAAGAAACACGCAUUUUAGCUCGCAACGCCUCAGCCCUGUCAAAUGUUGCUAAUCAGGGCGAGUACCUGUUACAUAUUUAAUUUGGUCAGACAAGUUUCCCUGAUUCUGCCAGAAGAUGCCCGGAAGGUAAUGUAAUAGUAUUUCAAAUGACCUUCCCAACAUCAAAACACCCUGGCAUGCAGGAUGAUUGAAUUUGUCAAUGGAUUCCCGACAAAUUUCAACGAAAUACUCCAAGGAUCUGUGUCCGGUGGCCAACCUGAAA